GCGGACGAGACGCCGCACUAGCGGCGCCGGCCGAAGGGGUGCCGGGGCCCGAGCGGAGCCGGUACCCCCUGACGCCGCCGCUGGAAUGGAGACGGCGUCCCCAGACGCCGCCGCUGGAACGGAGACGGCGCCCCCAGGGACCGCGGCUGGAACGGAGCCGGUGCCCUCAGACGCGGUGGCCGCAGCGGAGCCGAAGCAGACUGGCACUCGUGACAAGAGGACCAGUGACGGCCUGUGCUGUCCCGUCUGCCUGGAGUCGGUGACGAGCUUGAAGGCGCAACAGCGCGGCUUCCUGGUGACCCGCUGCGGACACUGGUUCUGCGCGCCGUGCUUGAAGGGCUCGAUCCGCCGCAGCCGCGAGUGUCCCGUCUGCCGCUCCAGGCUGCCUCAGCGCACCGCCUACAACAGCCUGUAUCUGUGACCUGCACCUCUCGGCGCAAACACCCGCCUAGCCCUCACGCGUGAACGGGGUGCGCCUCAGCUGGCCAUUCUGCUAUUCUGGGCGGCGCCAGAUGGAGGCUACCACGGCAGUCUCAGGUGUGAAUGACUCGUUUUGCUCAGUGAUAAUGCGGUGAAGUCUCGUUCUUUGCUGGUGCUCUGGUUUUCCUUUUCAACGAUUGUUCUGCGGCGUGGAUCGCAGAGGGCAUCAGGUUUCACACUGACCUUUACUGAAACCGAAAUAAGAAGCUUGGCAGGCCGCGUGACAGCGGGUGCACACCUUUGUUAAAAGGCACUGUACGUUUGGGAAUGCUCUCUAAUCGCGGGUUGACGUUUCGCCAUGAUCUCCGAUUUACAUCACAGUAUUCCGAAAGUGCGGACAACCGUUUGGGAUAGCUUAAUUUAGAAGGUGAGGCGCUGGUCGGCCAUAAGAGACAGGAAUGAACCGGAAGUUAAAACUGGAAAUACCAGGUGGUUAUGAUUGGUGAACUUUGCAUGCCUGCCACAUGCUCUUUUCGAUCCCUUUGUGGCGAUGGGGCACGUGAGCCGCAGUGGUGGCUUUCCUGCGAUGUAUGCGUUGAUAUUCCUGCCUAGUGUGCUGCCUAGCUCACUGGCGGUGCGUGCGGUGAGUUGCAGUGUUGUCUGAGACGAUGAAUGCUUGUCCCGUUAUGUUGGAUUAGGUAAUACACGAUUUUACUAUAACAAUAUUGUGAAUACACACAUUGUUCUUUGAAGGGAAAUAUCACGUGCUGCUCUGUCUCCUCGAUAGAUGCGUUUCGUACUUUGUUGGUAUGCGUCUUUUAUAUCGUUAAGUGCCGUUGCAUUCGAAAGAUGAUAUCGAGAGGCCCAUGCUCGACAUCUUUUCCGGAAUCGAUUC